GGCACGCACGCCAAGUCCAGCCGCCUAUUGCAUAAUUCCGCCAUGGCGUGGUCGCCGCCAAGAGAACGAGCCGUCGCACGCGACAGGUGGUGGCGCGUCGCCGUCGCGCAUUUCAUCGAUUCAUUCGCUCGGCGUGUCCAGACGUGCGCGGUGCUCUGUCCACAGACGGGCCACUCUCGUCCGAAUAAGACAUAGUACGUGUUGGUAUUUUACCGUCGUCGUCGUCGUCGUCGUCGUCGAGUAGUCGUAUUUUUUUUUUCAAUAUUGACGAUCCCGAAACGGCUGCCGUCUGUUAUUGUCGCGUUUUAUAAUUUUCGCCGUCCACCAUGCGAAAUCCGCCACCGCCGAUAGUAUUAUAAUAUUAUUGUUGUUCGCAUACCGCGGUUACCGCACGCCCGCGAUAUCAAACGGCGGCAACCGCGUGAGACGACCGGAAAAAAAAUGAUCAGUUCGUACCAGAACUUCAGCGGCGCCGCCGCCGCCACCGCCGCGUACAACCCGAUGGCAUACAGCCACCACGCCGGCCACGGACAACACAUUCAGUCCAUGUACGGCAGCGCCGUGGCCGCGGCCGCGCACCAGGCCGCCUACAACGCUGGCCAGCAGCCGGUGGCCUACAACGCCGGCCAGAAGCCUGUGGCCUACAACGCCGGCCAGCAACCGGUGGCCUACCACCCAGCGGAUUACGGGUCGCCGGUGCCGCCGCCACAGCAGUCCAGGUACUACGAAUCGCCCAACAGGCCGCCGAUGACCACGCCGGAACCGCCGAACCGCAAGAAACCAGUUCCGCAACAGCCGCCCGUCCAGUUCACCAGAGUCCAAGGCGGAGUGCCCGGAGGCAAGACUUCGCUGCACGCGGUGCUGGACUACGACGCCGACGACGACGACGAAGAGGAUUCGGUUGAUUACUACGACGAAGCGUACGGUCACGGCGGCGGAGUGACGCCCAUCCAGGGUCCAAUAUUUUUGAGGAAUGGUUCUGUGCCGGUCGUGCCGUUGUACGGUUACCAGAAAGUGAGCAACGGAUCUCUGCUGCAGAUACCGGUAUUUUGGACCGCUCUUUCGUUUGCCUUAGGAUAUGAAAUUGGAGGAGAUGUGAUCCGUGGAACUCCGUGUAUUAAAAGAAAUCACCAAUUGUUUUGUCCGACAGCAGGAAAAAGUUACCCAGUAGACCGAAUCGACAGAUUUAUCGAUGAAAAUAAAGCGCUCAUGAAACGAAUGUACGGCGAUUUCGAAAUGAUGGAGAACGGGCCGUUCCCCAAGGCAAAGAGAUCGACAGCCCGGAAAAGAAGACAGGACUCUAGUUUUUCGGACGAUCAAUCGAAACCCAAUAAGCUUCCGACCAGAGGCCAGCCCGCAGAUUCCGGAAGGGUAGACUCUUGCGAAUCUAAAGUAGAAGUGGUCACUCCGUAUUGGGCUUCGAACAGCGUGGGUAAGACCAGAGCGAUCGUUAACACCGAACACUUCGAACAAGCUAUUCAUCAAGAAGUCUGCACUAAGACGCUGACGGGACGCUGUUCGGGGGACUGUGGAUGCGAACAAAAGUAUAAAUGGCACAGGCUGUUGGCGUACGAUCCCGACAAUGACUGCAAAGGGAUAUUCAUGGAUUGGUUUUUAUUCCCGUCUUGCUGUGUGUGUCGAUGCGAUUCGGCAACCCCGAACAAUGUUUAGCGAAGAUCAUCAUCGUUCGUGCACGUCAACUUUGUGCUUAUUAUAUUAUAUUAUAUAAAUAUAUUACAUAUAGAUAUAUAUUUAUUAUCCUUUAGUAUAACUGUUUAUAUAGGAAUAAUAGUUAAUACCUAUGCUUAUAUUAUAAUAUUUCGUAUACAUAUAUUUAUAUAUUCAGUGCCUAUUUAAGAUAAUAUGCCUAUCCACGUACGUCUGUGUAAUAUUGUCACUCACGCGUGUUUAAGAUAUUUAUUGUGUUUGGUCUUGGAAAUAAUCCUCUUAUGAAUAAUAAAUUAUAAACAUUUAAAUUCAUAAUA